GUGUUUCCUGUACUUCAAGGAAAAGAAAUAGAUUGCUAACGUCGUUGUUCUGGAUAGGCGGCUGAUUCAGAGGCAAACAUGUUCCGCAACCAGUACGAUAAUGAUGUCACUGUAUGGAGUCCUCAGGGACGCAUUCAUCAGAUUGAAUAUGCCAUGGAGGCAGUAAAGCAAGGAUCUGCCACAGUAGGACUCAAAUCACGCACCCAUGCAGUUCUGGUUGCUUUGAAGAGAGCUCAGUCGGAGCUUGCUGCCCAUCAGAAGAAGAUUCUUCAUGUUGAUAACCAUGUGGGUAUCUCCAUCGCUGGACUGACAGCAGAUGCCAGGCUUCUCUGUAACUUCAUGCGACAAGAGUGCUUGGAUUCUCGGUUUGUGUUUGACCGACCCCUUCCUGUGUCCCGCCUUGUUACACUUAUUGGAAGCAAAACUCAGAUUCCCACACAAAGAUACGGGAGGAGGCCCUAUGGAGUGGGACUUCUUAUCGCAGGCUAUGAUGACAUGGGGCCCCAUAUUUUCCAGACCUGUCCCUCAGCAAACUACUUUGACUGCAAAGCCAUGUCCAUUGGAGCCCGCUCUCAGUCAGCUCGCACUUACCUAGAGAGACACAUGGAAACCUUCUUGGACUGUGAGCUGAAUGAUCUUGUGCAGCAUGGCCUUCGCGCGCUGCGGGAAACCCUGCCUGCAGAACAGGAUCUCACCACCAAGAAUGUCUCCAUCGGCAUUGUGGGGAAAGAGAGGGAGUUCGCCAUUUUUGAUGACGAUGUCGUUGCACCCUUCCUUGAGGGUCUGGAGGAGAGGCCACAGAGAAAGGUAGCUCAACCAGCCGACGAGCCCAUGGUGUACUGAGGUGGCCAAUCAGCAGCCAGGAUUCUGUCGAGCUGCUGAGCAACAAUCAGCAGCCCUGUAUUCGGUUCAGUUACCAAACCACAGCAGCUGCUGCUCUAUGGAGUCACUGCAAGCAAACAGCUGUAAUGUAAUACCAUAUAUAAAACAUUUACAUCUGUGCUCUAUGCACACUGACCGUAGGAUGUCUGUUUUCUAUCUUCAUGGGGUUUCAAAACCAAUUAAAAGUUUUUGUUUUCUGA